AUGAAGAACAAAAAAGAAAAAGUUGAUAAAGACACAUUGUAUAUUGCUCUGAUUCAAAUUACCCUUGAUAAAGAAACGCAUUCAGAUUCCGAAGCAUCUUUUUUCUCCGGGAUUUGGCCAGAAUUAAAAUCAAAGAUAUCGGGUGACUUGAAAGUGGAAGUAAUGUUCAUUUGGAUUACACGCGAAAAUGAUGUAGAUGAUCUUGUUGAAGCUAAAAAGAAAAUAUUAAAGGGAAGGCCGGUUGAAAUUAAUCCACAAUACACAUCAAUAGUUACGACAUUUAGAUGGGAAAAAUCUCAAAUACAACCUGAAGAAACCAUGGUGUCAACAACUUCAGAAAUUGAUACGGUACGAAAUUUUCUAAAUUUUCCUGGUAACGUUGAUAUCGCAGAACUUGCAACUGCUUUGGGAAUUAUGAAUGUCUCUCUAGAAGGACCGAAUGGAGAACAAAGAAGGCAAGCGAUCCUUGAUAGUAUGCCUCUCUCGGCAUUCUUUACUCUUUUAGGGAGCUACGACGAUGCUGUGACUUCCGCAGCCUGUAAAGUUCUUGAAAAACUUUUACGAACAAUGAACUAUGCAGAUAUAGAAUCUUUAGGACUAAAGGAAUAUUUGACGUUAGGCCUUCAAUUUAAUUCUUCAGAAGUUCGAAUGUUGGCAUUAAGUCAGGUUGAAAAAUGUUUGGAAUCUGAAGAAACAGUUAUAGACCUGGUUAGAUCGCAAAUGCUUCCGGUUGUGUUGGAAGGAUUAGGUUAUGAUGACAAUUUAAUAUCAACGAAGGUGACAGAAUUCCUUGUCAAGUUUGUUAAUUACGCUAGCGGGUUACAAGCUCUUUUUGAUUCAGGGUCAAUUGCAAUCCUAGAUCAGCUCUCUCAUGGAGACGAGACGGUAAAAUUUCGCGUAUUCGAUCUGGUGUCUCGAAUAUCGAUAUCUUCUCCGGAAGCAUUUCAAUUAUGUGAGACAUCUGGUGCUCUAAAUGCGAUAACUUCCGAAUUAAAUUCGAAUGACUUAUUACUUAAAUUAAACGCAAUAGAAACUUUUUCAAAGAUAGUUCAAAGCCGUACUGGAUACACAUUUCUUGAAAGAGCUGGAACUAUACAAUCUCUUGUUGAAAUCAUGGCGCAAGAAGAUGACAAUGAUAUCGUAUUAGUUUCCAAUAUGAGUUUGAAGAUAAACACAAUUAAUAUUAUUGGAGUAAUUGGAAGUAAUCCUCGUGGCCUUAAACUAUUAAAUUCCAGUGUAUCUCCUAAGAUACUUUGCAAAUUUUUGGACCUUUAUCACAGCUCUGCGGGGGAUGUUAAAAUAGCUUGUUUACAAUCCAUUUCGUGUUUGCUUGGUGUUAGUGAGGAAUCAACACCAGAAAUUUCUGAUAUUACUCAUCAAAUUUAUAAUCAGAUUGGAGGAGAUCCUACGCCACUUUCCACUCUACUUUCUAACGUUAAACAAACUCUAGAAGAACUUAGAAUCACUAGCUUUGCUAUCAUGCGAAAUAUGGCUCUGCAUCCUUGGGGUCAAACCGAGAUGACAAAUUCCCGAGAAUUUAUUGAUUACAUUUUAAAUCGAUCCACCGAAACAACUAAAUUGGGCAAGGAAUGGAAGUUUACAAUUAUUCAAACUUUGGUCCAAGCUCCUAACGCCGAAAAUAUUAUUCCAUCAAACAUUUUUGAUCGUCUAACGCGAUAUCUUCGAGAAGGACCUUUCUUCGUGAGAACAGAGGCUGCCGUUACAUUUGAGAGUGCAUAA